CCAAGGGACAGGAGGACCCACCCUGCCCAGGACGGGCCCUUGUGGUGUGGACACGCGGAAUCUUGCUGCUUUCCUAGGGGCGUGGCCAGCUUCAGCUCUGCCACUUCCUCUGCCUUUUCCUUUUCUGCCGCUGCUGAAAUGGAAUGAUCGGAAAGCCCCUCUGCACAGGGAGGGUGCCCCUGGCCAGCCACUGGCCUGGGGACGUAGUGCUCGUCCCCUGCCCACACUCUGACUGCUGCAGAAAGACAUGGUUGGGGGUUUCCACCCUCCUUCAUACAGCCAAGGGUCCAGAACAGCCCAGGGACCACCGGAUACUGUCUUCCUGAGUCUGGGCCUGAUACAGUGAUCUGGGGAUCCCCGAGGGCCCACGAUGGCUGCAUCCUCCUUCUCACACCGGACACAGAUCCUACAGCUUCUACCUUGGUGCUAUUGUGGUAGAGGAAACCAUAAAUUAUGAGUCUUUUGAGAUUCUUUGUGGAACCUCCUACCACUCUGUGAACUUAGGAACAGGCUCAACUGACCUUUGUCCUUGGGCCACAGGCUGGUCUGUAGUCCGAGUCCAGCCAUUGCAAAGGAGAGCAAACAGCCUGAGCCCUCGCUGCUGCAGCCCUGCCGUGGCCCAGAGACCCAGGCCACCCUGGCCACACAAUGGCAGCCACCGAUCAGGACAUGGAGGAGUGGGAACAAGUGUUCCAGGAGUUAAUCCGGGAGGUAAAACCAUGGCACAAGUGGACCCUGGAGACAGACACGGACCUUCUUCCUGAUGUCCUACAGCAGGGCUGGUCACAGUACCAGCAGAGGACCUUUGCCAGGUUCCGCUGUUCCUCCUGCUUCCGCACUUGGGCCUCUGCCCACGUCCAGGUGCUCUUCCAUGUGCACUGGAGCGGGAAGCAGGGCCGGGGCCAGGUGAAGAUGAGGGUCUUCUCGCAAAGCUGUAAGAGGUGCCUGCUGACCCGCUUUGAGGUUCCUGAGUUCACGCUGGAGAACAUCAGGAGGGUCCUGACCAACCUGGUGUUCCGCAUCCUGAAGAAAUGCUACCGAGAGGGCUUUAAGCAGAUGGAGGAGCUGCACGCCGUCAAGGAUGUGAACCUGGAAGGGCCGCACGACAGUCUCCACUGCGAGGCCUGUUUGCAGGGCUUCUGUGCCCAGGGUGGGGGGAGGCUGGCCUCAAAGCCAUCAGUGCCCCCCUCACUGUCCACCCUGUCCAAGGACACUGGGAUGUCUAGAGUCACUACUGCUGAUGGCCACCACCCCUGCUCACCACCCCCCAAGAUGGACAAGCUCCUUGUGUCAGCGGUGACACCCAAGGACCAGAACCCUCCCAAAGCUGAGUCCAAGGUCAGCCAUGCCCCAAAACCAUCAGCCGCUCCAAGACACCCCACCAAAGAGGUGACACCCACAUUAACAGUGACCCCCAAAGUCCCUAACCUUGUCAAAACUGGGUCCAAGGUCAACCACACCCCAAAAUCAGCUGUUCCAAAAUACUCAACUGAAGAUGUAACACCCAUAUUAAUAACAACCCCCGAAGUCCCUAACCUUGCCAAAACUGGGUCCAAGGUCAACCACACCCCAAAAUCAGCUGUUCCAAAAUACUCCAUUGAAGAUGUAACACCCAUAUUAAUAGCAACCCCCAAAGUCCCUUGCCUGGCCAAAACUGAGUUCAAGGUCAGCCACACCCCCAAACCAUUAGCUGCUCCAAGGCACCCAACGGAAAAUGUAAUGCCCACAUUAAUAGGGACCCCCAAGGUCCAUAGCCUUCCCAGCACGGAGGACAAAGUGUACACCUGGCUGGCUGCCCAAGAGUCUCCCCCCAUAGACAGCAGAACAACAGCAGGCGUGGCCUGGGAUACCAGGGUGACCACGGGAGAGAUGCGGCCUUCACCUCCAGCCCCCAGGCCUGCCAGGUCCACGUGGGACAGGGGCUGCUCUUCUUGGGACCAAAGGGGGCGAGCCACUAGCUCAGUGGACAGCAGGGUCCUGAUGCCCCCCAUCUAUAGCGAGUCUCCGGAUUGUAGGUGCAGGCCCCCGUGCUGUGGCUGCAGUGGCUGCUGCUGCCUCCUUCUAAUCCUGGUAGGAUUGGUGGUGGCUUUCACAGUCCCGUGGGGCGUCACAGCGUGACGCUGGAUGAGGAGAAAACUGACCCGGGGAGUCCACUGCUGCAGCCUAGGUGCCCACGACAGGAAAUGGGUAGGUGGUCCUGGGGCCAGGGAGCCGGAAAUCAGAUACCUGAUCCAUCUGGGGUGGGUUUGGGGAAGGCAGCAAACAGUUCAGAAGCAAACUGAGGUGGCGGCUGUGGCUGUGGCUGCGGCUGCGGCUGUGUGGUGCAGUCCUUGGGCCCAAGCUACCCAACGUGGUUGUGUGAAAACGGUGAGAAAACUUAACUUCCCUGCAGAGGACUCCUGCAGUGCUGCUGAUUCUGGACAGUGCAGUCCACAGUGGUUAGACUCCCCCCUCUGCCUUGCAGAAAUCUUGUUGAGCCCCUCAGGCCACCUCAUUAGCAAAGCUGGAGACCCUCUGAGCUGAGCCUGCGGAGGCUUCCGGUGGAAACCUGGGUUCUCACAGCACAGCGCUGCGGGGAGUAGGGGGGGGCCUAAAAGGUGCGCUUAACUUUUCUUUAAAAUGUAGUAUUUUAAAAUGUUUACAACACAUGCUAAUGUAUUUCAGUGAUUUGCAUGAAUAUGUAUAAAUGGCAAAUAGGCAUAAA